AUGGCGGACGAGGUCUACGAUGGUGCCAUUGGCAUUGACUUGGGAACUACCUACUCUUGCGUUGCCACGUACGAGGGUACCAAUGUCGAAAUCAUUGCCAACGAGCAGGGUUCGUUCACCACGCCCUCUUUCGUUUCCUUCACCGACAAGGAGCGUCUGAUCGGUGAGGCCGCCAAGAACCAGGCUGCCAUGAACCCCGUCAACACCGUCUUCGAUGUCAAGCGUCUCAUCGGUCGCCGCUUCGAUGACCCCACCGUCAAGAAGGACAUCGAGUCCUGGCCCUUCAAGGUCGUCGACGAGGGUGGCAACCCCAAGGUCCAGGUCGAGUACCUCAACGAGACCAAGACCUUCUCCCCCCAGGAGGUUUCCUCCAUGGUUCUCCUCAAGAUGAAGGAGAUUGCCGAGGUCAAGCUUGGCAAGAAGGUCGAGAAGGCCGUCAUCACCGUCCCUGCCUACUUCAACGACAACCAGCGUCAGGCCACCAAGGACGCCGGUGCCAUCGCCGGUCUUAACGUUCUCCGUAUCAUCAACGAGCCCACCGCUGCCGCCAUUGCCUACGGUCUUGGUGCCGGCAAGUCUGGCAAGGAGCGCAACGUCCUCAUCUACGACUUGGGUGGUGGUACUUUCGAUGUCUCCCUCCUUAACAUCCAGGGCGGUGUCUUCACCGUCAAGGCCACCGCUGGUGAUACCCACUUGGGUGGUCAGGACUUCGACACCAACCUUCUUGACCACUGCAAGAAGGACUUCCAGCGCAAGACCAAGAAGGAUCUCUCUGGCGACCCCCGUGCCCUCCGUCGUCUCCGCACUGCUUGCGAGCGUGCCAAGCGUACCCUUUCCAGCGGUGCCCAGACCACCAUUGAGAUCGACUCUCUCUUCGAUGGCGAGGACUACACCACCCAGAUCACCCGUGCUCGUUUCGAGGACCUGAACGCCAAGGCUUUCAACGGUACCCUCGAGCCCGUUGCCCAGGUUCUCAAGGAUGCCUCCAUGGAGAAGUCCGGCGUUGACGAGAUCGUCCUCGUUGGUGGCUCCACCCGUAUCCCCCGCAUUCAGAAGCUUCUGUCCGAGUUCUUCGACGGCAAGAAGCUCGAGAAGAGCAUCAACCCCGAUGAGGCCGUCGCCUACGGUGCCGCCGUCCAGGCCGGUAUCCUCUCCGGAAAGGCCACCUCCGCCGAGACCGCCGACCUUCUCCUGCUCGACGUCUGCCCCCUGUCCCUCGGUGUCGCCAUGGAGGGUAACAUCUUCGCUCCCGUCGUCACUCGUGGGCAAAAUGUUCCUUGCUUGAAAAAGAUAUGUCCCCCUUGUUUUCUCAUCCCGUUUCCUGACUUGCUCAACUUUCUCGAUUUUUUCUUGGUGUUUUCGCCCAUUCGCGACUAUCGUGGUGAUGGGCACUCUGCUGGCGAUGAUACCUUCCUCAUCCGUGGCAGUGCCUUCCCUCAUGCAACCUUCACCACUGUUGCCGACAACCAGCAGACCGUUCAGUUCCCCGUCUACCAGGGUGAGCGUGUCAACUGCGAGGACAACACCUCCCUGGGUGAAUUCACUCUUGCUCCCAUUCCUCCCAUGAGAGCUGGUGAGGCCGUCCUCGAGGUCGUCUUCGAGGUCGAUGUCAACGGUAUUCUCAAGGUCACCGCCACCGAGAAGACCUCCGGCCGCAGCGCCAACAUCACCAUCUCCAACUCUGUUGGCAAGCUCUCUUCCUCCGAGAUUGAGAACAUGAUCAACGACGCCGAGAAGUUCAAGACCAACGAUGAGGCUUUCAGCAAGCGCUUCGAGGCCAAGCAGCAGCUUGAGUCCUACAUUGGCCGUGUUGAGGAGAUCAUCUCCGACCCUACGCUGUCCCUCAAGCUCAAGCGUGGCCAGAAGGACAAGAUCGAGCAGCAGGUCUCCGAGGCCAUGGCUGCCCUCGAGAUCACCGACAGCGGUGCCGACGAGCUCAAGAAGCAGGAGCUCGCUCUCAAGCGUCUCGUGACCAAGGCUAUGUCCUCCCGAUAA